CUUAUUAAAUAGAUAAUGGUUUGAACAAUUUGCGAUGAACGGAACACAACUUGGAAAUGGAUUACAUGAAGGAGAAGUCGAAGUUCCGAGAGAGUCUAUCAGAACAAUAGACGACAUCAGAGCACUCAGAAUACAAAGAGGGAAAAGCUUAAAACAUGACAUCGGCGCCGGCGCACCCUGUCUCAAAUGCGGAGAUGCUUGCGAAGGCGGAUUUGCUCUUCACUUCUGGAGAAAAAUCUGCAGCACCUGUAAAUGUCCCCCUGAAAACCACGAUAUCCAGGCCGAGUCAUCAAUUCAGCACAAGAUAGGAAAGCUUUUUGGCCAAGACCACGAAGAUCAGUACGGACAGUUUUACACGCUAGACACAUCUGAAUUAGUCGGCAAUCACAAAGGUGGAGACAAAUUACGCGCAGCUGAAUACAAAAAGAUUUCAGACGCAGGUGGAGACGAGAAAGAUCAGAUUACGUUUGAGUGGAUUCCCUCUAACACCCCGAAGAGCUUAGUGCUGAAGUACAUAUCGGCACUGCCUCUUGAAAAUCAGCCAAUCAGAGGCACAGUGGGUGCAACGGAGAGGACGAAGCAGUUGCAACAUCAGUUGCCCACUCACGAUGUUGACGCUGCAGCCUGCAAAGCAGUGAAAGAUUCAGAGUUGGACGCCUUUUCUACCUUCGUUGAAUCAUACAAAAAGAACGCCCUGGGCAUCGGAAAUGUGAAGGAGCAACUCGGAAAUCAGAAAUGGUGUUGCGAGGGUUGCAAGAACGCCUGUCAUGCAGGUUCUGUGGGGGUGUUUGCAGAAAGGGCGGGUCCGAACAAGUGCUGGCAUCCCGCUUGCUUCCGCUGCUCGGAGUGUGCGGAACUGCUGGUGGAUCUGAUCUACUUUUGGGACCAGGAGAAACUGUACUGUGGAAGACACUAUGCCGACAGACAUAGACCCAGGUGCAAUGCGUGUGAUGAACUGAUAAUGUCUGGCCAGUACACUCAGGCGGAAGAUGCCAACUGGCACGUGCAGCACUUCUGCUGCUGGAACUGUGACACACUCCUUGGCGGACACCAGUACAUCAACAAGGAGGGACACCCCUACUGCAUGAACUGCUACAGCGACAAAUUCGCAAAGACGUGUUCAUCGUGUCACGAGAAGAUAGACGCGACCAAGUCUCGACUGUCGUACCUGGAGUCUGCCUGGCACGCCACCCCCGAGUGCUUCAAGUGCAUCCACUGUCACAAGAACCUGAUGGGACAGCCCUUCAUCUCCAAACACGGAGUGCUCUACUGCUCAAAGACGUGCAGAAAGGCACAUGCUGCCAGCAACACAAAUAUCUAACGCAGCUAACUUAAACUGAUCAAUCAAAAGUUAUUUAUAAGAUUUUGCGACAAAAUGAGUGGUCUAAGAUUAUAUGUGUAACCUUUUUCCAUGUCACAAAUUUCCU